AUGUUCCUCACCCAGCUGGGUCCGCUGGCCAUCAGGAAGGGUGUGCUAUACAAUGACGACAGCCUCUGGGGGCGCCACUGGGCCUGCAAGUGCGCUGGCUGCGUUAACUUCAUUCUCAAGAACAUAGCUCGCGUCAUCCACUGGCGUCUGAGAGUAUUAGCCUCGGGCUCGAUCACACCCUCGCUAGAACAGGAAGACGUGAAUUCUUUCCGCAACCACGAGAUCAUCCGAGUCGCUCUGCCGUCUGGGGUCCAGGCCGCCAUUGACCCCACGGGAAUCCAGUUUGGAUGGAGAGACUAUCUAACACCGUGGUCGGCAUUCGCGCGGCAUCGAAUCCACCGCAUCAAAGAAGAAGCACCGUGCAGGUCCAUACACCAAGAUCGUGUUCUGCCCACUGGACCGCUGGGCGUGUCUCAGACAGCAUGGCGGGGACCGACGUGCGCUGCACGUCGGCGCGAGAGAGAGUCGUCGAACAGGUCACGACUGCUUGGAAAACGAGGGAUGGAUGGCGGAUAUGGCGGCGUUUCCGGACUUUUGAGAUUGAAGGACUCAUCCUUCAGCAAGGCAAGGACGGUGCUGCUCUCCAGAGUAAAAGAUGUGAUUAACAAGCAGGCAGGCAUCAGGGGGAGUUGA